AUGAGAGUGGCUGAGGCAGCAGAAGGAACGAAGGAGAGGCAGAGCAGGAGAAUCAAGGCAGAGAAGAGCAUAGCGGUAACUCCGACACCAUCCUCUCUUCCCCUUGCCUCUCCUGUGCUCUCCAUCCUCUCUUCCCCUUGCCUCUCCUGUGCUCUCCAUCCUCUCUUCCCCUUGCUUCUCCUGUGCUCUCCAUCCUCUUUUCCCCUUGCCUCUCCUGUGCUCUCCAUCCUCUCUUCCCCUUGCCUCUCCUGUGCUCUCCAUCCUCUUUUCCCCUUGCCUCUCCUGUGCUCUCCAUCCUCUUUUCCCCUUGCCUCUCCUGUGCUCUCCAUCCUCUCUUCCCCUUGCCUCUCCUGUGCUCUCCAUCCUCUCUUCCCCUUGCCUCUCCUUUGCUCUCCAUCCUCUCUUCCCCUUGCCUCUCCUGUGCUCUCCAUCCUCUCUUCCCCUUGCCUCUCCUGUGCUCUCCAUCCUCUCUUCCCCUUGCCUCUCCUGUGCUCUCCAUCCUCUCUUCCCCUUGCCUCUCCUGUGCUCUCCAUCCUCUUUUCCCCUUGCCUCUCCUGUGCUCUCCAUCCUCUCUUCCCCUUGCCUCUCCUGUGCUCUCCAUCCUCUUUUCCCCUUGCCUCUCCUGUGCUCUCCAUCCUCUUUUCCCCUUGCCUCUCCUGUGCUCUCCAUCCUCUCUUCCCCUUGCCUCUCCUGUGCUCUCCAUCCUCUCUUCCCCUUGCCUCUCCUGUGCUCUCCAUCCUCUCUUCCCCUUGCCUCUCCUUUGCUCUCCAUCCUCUCUUCCCCUUGCCUCUCCUGUGCUCUCCAUCCUCUCUUCCCCUUGCCUCUCCUGUGCUCUCCAUCCUCUCUUCCCCUUGCCUCUCCUGUGCUCUCCAUCCUCUCUUCCCCUUGCCUCUCCUGUGCUCUCCAUCCUCUUUUCCCCUUGCCUCUCCUGUGCUCUCCAUCCUCUCUUCCCCUUGCCUCUCCUGUGCUCUCCAUCCUCUCUUCCCCUUGCCUCUCCUGUGCUCUCCAUCCUCUCUUCCCCUUGCCUCUCCUGUGCUCUCCAUCCUCUUUUCCCCUUGCCUCUCCUGUGCUCUCCAUCCUCUCUUCCCCUUGCCUCUCCUGUGCUCUCCAUCCUCUUUUCCCCUUGCCUCUCCUGUGCUCUCCAUCCUCUCUUCCCCUUGCCUCUCCUGUGCUCUCCAUCCUCUCUUCCUCUUGCCUCUCCUGUGCUCUCCAUCCUCUUUUCCCCUUGCCUCUCCUGUGCUCUCCAUCCUCUUUUCCCCUUGCCUCUCCUGUGCUCUCCAUCCUCUCUUCCCCUUGCCUCUCCUGUGCUCUCCAUCCUCUCUUCCCCUUGCCUCUCCUGUGCUCUCCAUCCUCUCUUCCCCUUGCCUCUCCUGUGCUCUCCAUCCUCUUUUCCCCUUGCCUCUCCUGUGCUCUCCAUCCUCUUUUCCCCUUGCCUCUCCUGUGCUCUCCAUCCUCUCUUCCCCUUGCCUCUCCUGUGCUCUCCAUCCUCUCUUCCCCUUGCCUCUCCUGUGCUCUCCAUCCUCUCUUCCCCUUGCCUCUCCUGUGCUCUCCAUCCUCUUUUCCCCUUGCCUCUCCUGUGCUCUCCAUCCUCUCUUCCCCUUGCCUCUCCUGUGCUCUCCAUCCUCUUUUCCCCUUGCCUCUCCUGUGCUCUCCAUCCUCUCUUCCCCUUGCCUCUCCUGUGCUCUCCAUCCUCUCUUCCCCUUGCCUCUCCUGUGCUCUCCAUCCUCUUUUCCCCUUGCCUCUCCUGUGCUCUCCAUCCUCUCUUCCCCUUGCCUCUCCUGUGCUCUCCAUCCUCUUUUCCCCUUGCCUCUCCUGUGUUCUCCAUCCUCUCUUCCCCUUGCCUCUCCUGUGCUCUCCAUCCUCUCUUCCCCUUGCCUCUCCUGUGCUCUCCAUCCUCUCUUCCCCUUGCCUCUCCUGUGCUCUCCAUCCUCUUUUCCCCUUGCCUCUCCUGUGCUCUCCAUCCUCUCUUCCCCUUGCCUCUCCUGUGCUCUCCAUCCUCUCUUCCCCUUGCCUCUCCUUUGCUCUCCAUCCUCUCUUCCCCUUGCCUCUCCUGUGCUCUCCAUCCUCUCUUCCCCUUGCCUCUCCUGUGCUCUCCAUCCUCUCUUCCCCUUGCCUCUCCUGUGCUCUCCAUCCUCUCUUCCCCUUGCCUCUCCUGUGCUCUCCAUCCUCUUUUCCCCUUGCCUCUCCUGUGCUCUCCAUCCUCUCUUCCCCUUGCCUCUCCUGUGCUCUCCAUCCUCUCUUCCCCUUGCCUCUCCUGUGCUCUCCAUCCUCUCUUCCCCUUGCCUCUCCUGUGCUCUCCAUCCUCUCUUCCCCUUGCUUCUCCUGUGCUCUCCAUCCUCUUUUCCCCUUGCCUCUCCUGUGCUCUCCAUCCUCUCUUCCCCUUGCCUCUCCUGUGCUCUCCAUCCUCUUUUCCCCUUGCCUCUCCUGUGCUCUCCAUCCUCUUUUCCCCUUGCCUCUCCUGUGCUCUCCAUCCUCUCUUCCCCUUGCCUCUCCUGUGCUCUCCAUCCUCUUUUCCCCUUGCCUCUCCUGUGCUCUCCAUCCUCUCUUCCCCUUGCCUCUCCUGUGCUCUCCAUCCUCUCUUCCCCUUGCCUCUCCUGUGCUCUCCAUCCUCUCUUCCCCUUGCCUCUCCUGUGCUCUCCAUCCUCUCUUCCCCUUGCUUCUCCUGUGCUCUCCAUCCUCUUUUCCCCUUGCCUCUCCUGUGCUCUCCAUCCUCUCUUCCCCUUGCCUCUCCUGUGCUCUCCAUCCUCUUUUCCCCUUGCCUCUCCUGUGCUCUCCAUCCUCUUUUCCCCUUGCCUCUCCUGUGCUCUCCAUCCUCUCUUCCCCUUGCCUCUCCUGUGCUCUCCAUCCUCUUUUCCCCUUGCCUCUCCUGUGCUCUCCAUCCUCUCUUCCCCUUGCCUCUCCUGUGCUCUCCAUCCUCUCUUCCCCUUGCCUCUCCUGUGCUCUCCAUCCUCUCUUCCCCUUGCCUCUCCUGUGCUCUCCAUCCUCUUUUCCCCUUGCCUCUCCUGUGCUCUCCAUCCUCUCUUCCCCUUGCCUCUCCUGUGCUCUCCAUCCUCUCUUCCCCUUGCCUCUCCUUUGCUCUCCAUCCUCUCUUCCCCUUGCCUCUCCUGUGCUCUCCAUCCUCUCUUCCCCUUGCCUCUCCUGUGCUCUCCAUCCUCUCUUCCCCUUGCCUCUCCUGUGCUCUCCAUCCUCUCUUCCCCUUGCCUCUCCUGUGCUCUCCAUCCUCUUUUCCCCUUGCCUCUCCUGUGCUCUCCAUCCUCUCUUCCCCUUGCCUCUCCUGUGCUCUCCAUCCUCUCUUCCCCUUGCCUCUCCUGUGCUCUCCAUCCUCUCUUCCCCUUGCCUCUCCUGUGCUCUCCAUCCUCUCUUCCCCUUGCUUCUCCUGUGCUCUCCAUCCUCUUUUCCCCUUGCCUCUCCUGUGCUCUCCAUCCUCUCUUCCCCUUGCCUCUCCUGUGCUCUCCAUCCUCUUUUCCCCUUGCCUCUCCUGUGCUCUCCAUCCUCUUUUCCCCUUGCCUCUCCUGUGCUCUCCAUCCUCUCUUCCCCUUGCCUCUCCUGUGCUCUCCAUCCUCUUUUCCCCUUGCCUCUCCUGUGCUCUCCAUCCUCUCUUCCCCUUGCCUCUCCUGUGCUCUCCAUCCUCUCUUCCCCUUGCCUCUCCUGUGCUCUCCAUCCUCUCUUCCCCUUGCCUCUCCUGUGCUCUCCAUCCUCUCUUCCCCUUGCUUCUCCUGUGCUCUCCAUCCUCUUUUCCCCUUGCCUCUCCUGUGCUCUCCAUCCUCUCUUCCCCUUGCCUCUCCUGUGCUCUCCAUCCUCUUUUCCCCUUGCCUCUCCUGUGCUCUCCAUCCUCUUUUCCCCUUGCCUCUCCUGUGCUCUCCAUCCUCUCUUCCCCUUGCCUCUCCUGUGCUCUCCAUCCUCUUUUCCCCUUGCCUCUCCUGUGCUCUCCAUCCUCUCUUCCCCUUGCCUCUCCUGUGCUCUCCAUCCUCUCUUCCCCUUGCCUCUCCUGUGCUCUCCAUCCUCUCUUCCCCUUGCCUCUCCUGUGCUCUCCAUCCUCUCUUCCCCUUGCCUCUCCUGUGCUCUCCAUCCUCUCUUCCCCUUGCCUCUCCUGUGCUCUCCAUCCUCUCUUCCCCUUGCCUCUCCUGUGCUCUCCAUCCUCUUUUCCCCUUGCCUCUCCUGUGCUCUCCAUCCUCUCUUCCCCUUGCCUCUCCUGUGCUCUCCAUCCUCUCUUCCCCUUGCCUCUCCUGUGCUCUCCAUCCUCUCUUCCCCUUGCCUCUCCUGUGCUCUCCAUCCUCUUUUCCCCUUGCCUCUCCUGUGCUCUCCAUCCUCUCUUCCCCUUGCCUCUACUGUGCUCUCCAUCCUCUUUUCCCCUUGCCUCUCCUGUGCUCUCCAUCCUCUUUUCCCCUUGCCUCUCCUGUGCUCUCCAUCCUCUCUUCCCCUUGCCUCUCCUGUGCUCUCCAUCCUCUUUUCCCCUUGCCUCUCCUGUGCUCUCCAUCCUCUCUUCCCCUUGCCUCUCCUGUGCUCUCCAUCCUCUCUUCCCCUUGCCUCUCCUGUGCUCUCCAUCCUCUCUUCCCCUUGCCUCUCCUGUGCUCUCCAUCCUCUUUUCCCCUUGCCUCUCCUGUGCUCUCCAUCCUCUCUUCCCCUUGCCUCUCCUGUGCUCUCCAUCCUCUCUUCCCCUUGCCUCUCCUUUGCUCUCCAUCCUCUCUUCCCCUUGCCUCUCCUGUGCUCUCCAUCCUCUCUUCCCCUUGCCUCUCCUGUGCUCUCCAUCCUCUCUUCCCCUUGCCUCUCCUGUGCUCUCCAUCCUCUCUUCCCCUUGCCUCUCCUGUGCUCUCCAUCCUCUUUUCCCCUUGCCUCUCCUGUGCUCUCCAUCCUCUCUUCCCCUUGCCUCUCCUGUGCUCUCCAUCCUCUCUUCCCCUUGCCUCUCCUGUGCUCUCCAUCCUCUCUUCCCCUUGCCUCUCCUGUGCUCUCCAUCCUCUCUUCCCCUUGCUUCUCCUGUGCUCUCCAUCCUCUUUUCCCCUUGCCUCUCCUGUGCUCUCCAUCCUCUCUUCCCCUUGCCUCUCCUGUGCUCUCCAUCCUCUUUUCCCCUUGCCUCUCCUGUGCUCUCCAUCCUCUUUUCCCCUUGCCUCUCCUGUGCUCUCCAUCCUCUCUUCCCCUUGCCUCUCCUGUGCUCUCCAUCCUCUUUUCCCCUUGCCUCUCCUGUGCUCUCCAUCCUCUCUUCCCCUUGCCUCUCCUGUGCUCUCCAUCCUCUCUUCCCCUUGCCUCUCCUGUGCUCUCCAUCCUCUCUUCCCCUUGCCUCUCCUGUGCUCUCCAUCCUCUCUUCCCCUUGCUUCUCCUGUGCUCUCCAUCCUCUUUUCCCCUUGCCUCUCCUGUGCUCUCCAUCCUCUCUUCCCCUUGCCUCUCCUGUGCUCUCCAUCCUCUUUUCCCCUUGCCUCUCCUGUGCUCUCCAUCCUCUUUUCCCCUUGCCUCUCCUGUGCUCUCCAUCCUCUCUUCCCCUUGCCUCUCCUGUGCUCUCCAUCCUCUUUUCCCCUUGCCUCUCCUGUGCUCUCCAUCCUCUCUUCCCCUUGCCUCUCCUGUGCUCUCCAUCCUCUCUUCCCCUUGCCUCUCCUGUGCUCUCCAUCCUCUCUUCCCCUUGCCUCUCCUGUGCUCUCCAUCCUCUCUUCCCCUUGCCUCUCCUGUGCUCUCCAUCCUCUCUUCCCCUUGCCUCUCCUGUGCUCUCCAUCCUCUCUUCCCCUUGCCUCUCCUGUGCUCUCCAUCCUCUUUUCCCCUUGCCUCUCCUGUGCUCUCCAUCCUCUCUUCCCCUUGCCUCUCCUGUGCUCUCGAUUCUCUCUUCCCCUUGCCUCUCCUGUGCUCUCCAUCCUCUCUUCCCCUUGCCUCUCCUGUGCUCUCCAUCCUCUUUUCCCCUUGCCUCUCCUGUGCUCUCCAUCCUCUUUUCCCCUUGCCUCUCCUGUGCUCUCCAUCCUCUCUUCCCCUUGCCUCUCCUGUGCUCUCCAUCCUCUCUUCCCCUUGCCUCUCCUUUGCUCUCCAUCCUCUCUUCCCCUUGCCUCUCCUGUGCUCUCCAUCCUCUCUUCCCCUUGCCUCUCCUGUGCUCUCCAUCCUCUCUUCCCCUUGCCUCUCCUGUGCUCUCCAUCCUCUCUUCCCCUUGCCUCUCCUGUGCUCUCCAUCCUCUUUUCCCCUUGCCUCUCCUGUGCUCUCCAUCCUCUCUUCCCCUUGCCUCUCCUGUGCUCUCCAUCCUCUCUUCCCCUUGCCUCUCCUGUGCUCUCCAUCCUCUCUUCCCCUUGCCUCUCCUGUGCUCUCCAUCCUCUUUUCCCCUUGCCUCUCCUGUGCUCUCCAUCCUCUCUUCCCCUUGCCUCUCCUGUGCUCUCCAUCCUCUUUUCCCCUUGCCUCUCCUGUGCUCUCCAUCCUCUCUUCCCCUUGCCUCUCCUGUGCUCUCCAUCCUCUCUUCCCCUUGCCUCUCCUGUGCUCUCCAUCCUCUCUUCCCCUUGCCUCUCCUGUGCUCUCCAUCCUCUUUUCCCCUUGCCUCUCCUGUGCUCUCCAUCCUCUCUUCCCCUUGCCUCUCCUGUGCUCUCCAUCCUCUCUUCCCCUUGCCUCUCCUGUGCUCUCCAUCCUCUCUUCCCCUUGCCUCUCCUGUGCUCUCCAUCCUCUUUUCCCCUUGCCUCUCCUGUGCUCUCCAUCCUCUCUUCCCCUUGCCUCUCCUGUGCUCUCCAUCCUCUUUUCCCCUUGCCUCUCCUGUGCUCUCCAUCCUCUCUUCCCCUUGCCUCUCCUGUGCUCUCCAUCCUCUCUUCCCCUUGCCUCUCCUGUGCUCUCCAUCCUCUCUUCCCCUUGCCUCUCCUGUGCUCUCCAUCCUCUCUUCCCCUUGCCUCUCCUGUGCUCUCCAUCCUCUUUUCCCCUUGCCUCUCCAGGCGUUCACCAUGGACGCGGUGCCACCAGCGCCAUCCGAGGUGGUGCGGGGCGGCAUCGCGCGCAACUUCCUCGCGCGCAGCCUCAUGGAGGCGCGCUGCAUUGAGGACGCCCUGCAGGCUGGACGAAUAUGAUUCCUCUCCAUCUCCAUCUCCCACGCAUCUCUCCCAUGCAUCUCUCCCAUGCCUCUCUCCCACACCCCUCGAGUUGGAUCUUGAGUCGAAUCAACUUCACCUCUCUCCCACACCCCUCGAGUUGGAUCUUGAGUCGAAUCAACUUCCCUCUCACCCCUCCCUCUCACCCCUCCCUCUCACCCCUCCCUCUCACCCCUCCCUCUCACCCCUCCCUCUCACCCCUCCCUCUCACCCCUCCCUCUCACCCCUCCCUCUCACCCCUCCCUCUCACCCCUCCCUCUCACCCUCCCUCUCACCCCUCCCUCUCACCCCUCCCUCUCACCCCUCCCUCUCACCCCUCCCUCUCACCCCUCCCUCUCACCCCUCCCUCUCACCCCUCCCUCUCACCCCUCCUCCCUCUCACCCCUCCCUCUCACCCCUCCCUCUCACCCCUCCCUCUCACCCCUCCCUCUCACCCCUCCCUCUCACCCCUCCCUCUCACCCCUCCCUCUCACCCCUCCCUCUCACCCCUCCCUCUCACCCCUCCCUCUCACCCCUCCCUCUCACCCCUCCCUCUCACCCCUCCCUCUCACCCCUCCCUCUCACCCCUCCCUCUCACCCCUCCCUCUCACCCCUCCCUCUCACCCCUCCCUCUCACCCCUCCCUCUCACCCUUCCCUCUCACCCCUCCCUCUCACCCCUCCCGUCUCUCGCCUCUGCCUGCCGUGGCUCACCUGACUGCCGCCUCCAGAUUCUCUCCAACUCCGAUGACGGUGACUUCCCCAUCUUCAAUGCCGGCAAGGUGUACGACGCGGGAGGUGAGGGGUGCACUGCUGGGGUGGAGUAGCAAGAGGUGCAGGCCCUGUGAUCCACUCUCUCCACCGCGCACAACUCGAUCCUGCGUGCCGCUGCUCAUCUCCCUCCGUCCCUGCAAGCACCACUCAUACCUCGCCCCUCCUCCUUCCCCUUUCCGCCCUGCAUCGCUUCUGCCACCACCAGGCCCGGUGAUCCACACGCUGCACAGUGCGCUCUUCAACCUCGAUGCGCGCACGCUCACGGUGCUGGGGGGCCGGCCCGCUCAUGGCAACGUGCUGCAUGAGUUCGAUGUGUGA